AUGAAUAACUUGAAAAUUCAAGAGAAAUCAUCUUCAUCUUCUAAUAACUACAAUUCUGAUAGAGCAGUAGCAUUAAAACAGCAUUUGGAUAAUUUACAUAAACUAAUAGUUACUAAUUUUUCUAAUUUCGUCAAUCAGUAUGAAGAAGAACAAUCAACUGAAUGGAUUAAACAUUUGGAUAAAUCCAAUCAAAUUAUUGACUAUAAAACUCCUUCAUAUGACUGUCUUUACAAGUACACUCUAAAUGGUAUAUUAACAAAAAAAUUAAAACCUACAGUGAAAUCCUCUGAAAGUAAUUCAAAAACCGAUGAGAAGCAAAGUAAUGACUUUAUAAAUAACAUCAUAGAUGAAUCAGAACAAAAUAAACCAAAUUACUCUAUUGAUAUAAAUCAGUUUACUUUAGCACCUCUAUGGUCUUCUGAAGAUAUUUCCGAUAAUUAUAGUGAGAAUGAAAUAGACAAAGAAAAUACAAUAAAUGAACAAAUUUCAAAGAAACUAUUAUUUCAUGAAGACAUGAAUACAACUAGGACAUUAAUCGAUAUUUAUAAAGACAAUUGUAUGAAAUUGAAAUGUAAUGCAAUAAAAUCUAUUAUUAAUCGGUUAGAAAAAUUAUGUACAACAAAAUAUAUAAAUUUUUCUGAAUUACACUUAAGCAAGUUAAAAUUUCAACCAGUGAGUAAUUUGUUGAAGGAGUGUAAUGAAUUGGAAAUAUUGGAUCUGAGUUAUAAUAAUUUUGAUAAUGAUGGACUCAUAUUAGUGAAAUAUUUACUAGAAGAAUUCGCAUUUCUUAGACAUAUCAACCUUUCUGGCAAUCAUCUGAAUCAAGAAGCUUUCGUUUUGCUGCAAUCGAUACUAACUAAAAACACCCAAAUGGAUACAUUAAUUUUGAAAGUUAAGUUCCUGUUUUAUUUUUGCUCAGGAUCAUUUACAAAACUGUGUGGCAUAUCAAAAACAAGCGAUACUUCAGUUCUACAAUUUUAUGUCAUUAAGAAGGAACGAAUUGAGCGAAGAAAUUUCUUUUCGAUUAGAUAA